GGAGGCAGAAGGGCGCUGAGGCCACCUAGGAGGGGGCAGGAGAAGGAACCUGGUGGGCUCACCGAGCCCCUGGGUGGGCAGCAGAGCAGCACAGGUCUGCAACCAGCUCUGGAAAAGCCUCGGCUCCAGCACCCGCUGCUCCUCCACGCCAGAAGCUCCUCGUGGCAGAGCUGGGUCUGCCGGGGUGGCUGAAAGGGAGGCAAAAGAGCCCCGAGGUUCCUCCCCGCGCUGCGAGCUGUGAGCGCCUUUGUUUUGGGCAAGGUGGAACAGGUUUGAGAGAAAACGGCUCCAGCGUGCUGACUUUUUGAUAACUCCUCUCCCCGCUGCGAUAAGAAGUGGCCCCUUAACCGCUGGCGAUGCUUUGAUGUGGCCACUGAAGGCGCGAGUCGCUCUGUUCUCAUCUGGGCGCCUCGCUAAGGACACAAAAUUCCCCAGCUCCUCGUGGCCCCAAAUACAAAGAAACCCUUCAAGCCGGGGUUACGGGUUCUGCUAAUGGAAAACAGAGGUCAGCAGAUAAGGGGGGGGGUCACUGCUGGCUGUUAUAAAGCCGGGGAGCCUGGGUGGCUCACCCAGCUGCUGCAGCCUGCGGAGGGGAUGCGCGGAGCCGGGGGUGCCCGCACCAUGAAGUGGCUCGUCCUGGCCGUGCUGUGCCUCCAGCUCUCGGAGGGGGUGGUGAGGAUCCAGCUGAGGAAAUACAAGUCCGCACGGGAGUUGAUGAGGGAGGCGGGCGUGCUGAAGGACUACCUGAAGAAAAUGAAGCAUGACCCAGCCAGGAGAUACCACUUCGGUCGGAGCUACCUCGUGCACGAGCCCAUGGCCAGCCAUCUGGAUUCUUCCUUCUUCGGGGAGAUCAGCCUCGGGACCCCCCCGCAGAGCUUCCUGGUGCUCUUCGACACCGGCUCCUCCAACCUCUGGGUGCCCUCCACCCUGUGCCAGACGGCGGCUUGCAAAAAUCAUGCCACGUUUGACCCCAGAGCCUCCUCCACCUUCGUCAACAACGGCCGGACCUACACCCUGAGCUACGGCAGCGGCUCGCUGACGGUGCAGCUGGGCUACGACACGCUGAAGAUCCAGAACAUCAAGGUCAAACACCAGGAGUUCGGGCUGAGCAAGAACGAGCCCUCCGAGCCCUUUUACUAUGCCCAGUUCGACGGGAUCAUGGGCAUGGCUUACCCCUCGCUGGCCGUGGGAGGGACGCCCACCGUGCUGCAGGGCAUGCUGCAGCAGAACCAGCUCACCCAGCCCAUCUUCAGCUUCUACUUCUCCCGCCACCCCACCUACAACUACGGGGGGGAGCUCAUCCUCGGAGGAGUGGACAAGAGGCUGUACACCGGGGAGAUCGUGUGGGCGCCGGUGACCCAGGAGCUGUACUGGCAGGUGGCGAUUAACGAGUUUGCCAUCGGAGGGUCGCCCACGGGCUGGUGCAGCCGGGGCUGCCAGGCCAUCGUGGACACGGGGACGUUCCUGCUCACGGUGCCCCAGCAGUACCUCAACAGAUUCCUGCAGGCCGUGGGCGCCCAGGAGACCAGCUACGGGUACGCCGUUGAAUGCAGCCAGAUCCACAGCUUGCCCACCAUCACCUUCGUCAUCAACGGCACGGCGCUCCCGCUGCGCCCCUCUGCCUACGUCCUCAACAGCAAUGGUUACUGCACCCUUGGCAUCGAGGCCACCUACCUGGGCUCCCAGUACGGGCAGCCGCUCUGGAUUUUGGGUGACGUCUUCCUCAAGGAGUAUUACACCGUCUUCGACAUGGCGAAAAACCGCGUCGGCUUCGCCCCAUCGGCGGAGAGGAGGAGGCAGUGAAAUCCAGCGAGCCUUGCUGGAGUGCUGUGGGGUCCCUAUGGGGCUUUUCGACCCCUUUCGUGCCCUCUGCCUCUCCAAGGUUUCUGUGUGAGGUUGUUCUCUGUCUCCCGUUGCCAAUAAACCA